AUGACAAAUAUAGUGAAACCAAAGGAAUCAUUUGAUUCUUCCAAUGUAGACUCAUCAAGUAAAUUAAAUAAAAUGAAUAUUACCAAUCUACAAAAUUGUGAAAAUAAUAGUAGGUCACAAAACCUUAAACAAAUACUUUUAAAAGCUUUUCGAAAGACACAAAAACCGGUAAAUGAAGAGGUUUCUUUUAUAGAGACUGAUAACAAAUUAUUAAUUCCAUCUUAUUCAUCCGCUACAAAUCUACAACAAACGCGAAGCAUUUCAGCGGUUGUUAAAAAAACCAAAAAACCGGUAAAUGUGCACGAAGGGGAUCCUUAUAUAGAGGCUGACAACAAAUCGAUAUCGUCAACACGUUUUUUUCCAUCUUUACGUAAAUCUUCAUCCGCUACAAACCUACAACAAUCAUAUGAAAAUGAUAAUGCAUCGCAGAAAUUUAAGCGAGGUCUUUCACCGAACGUUCGAAUAACCAAAAAACCGGUAAAUGUGCACGAAGGGGAUCCUUAUAUAGAGGCUGACAACAAAUCAAUAUCAUCAACAGGUUCUAAAAAGAAAUCUUUAUUUCCAUCUUUACGUAAAUCUUCAUCCGCUGUUAAUCUACAACAAUCAUAUGUAAAUAAUAGUGCAUCGCAGAAACUUAAGCGAAGCAUUACAUCGGUCAUUCGAAAAACCAAAAAACCAGUAAAUGUGCACAAAGGGGAUCCUAAUAUAGAAACUGAAAACAAAUCAAUAUCAUCAACAGGUUCUAUAAAGAAACCUUUAAUUCCAUCUUUACGUAAAUCUUCAUCCGCUGUUAAUUUACAACAAUCAUAUGAAAAUAAUAAUGUAUCGCAGAAACUUAAGCGAAGUCUUUCAACGAUCGUUCGAAAAACUAAAAAACCGGUAAAUUUGCACGAAUGGGAUCCUUAUAUAGAGGCCGACAACAAGUCAAUAUCAUCAUCAGGUUCUAAAAAGAAAUCAUUAUUUCCACCUUUACGUAAAUCUUCAUCCGCUGUUAAUUUACAACAAUCGUAUGAAAAUAAUAGCGCAUCACAGAAAAUUCAGCAAAGUCUUUCACCGGUCGUUCGAGAAACCAAAAAACCGGUAAAUUUACACGAAGGGGAUCCUUAUAUAGAGACCGACAACAAAUCAAUAUCAUCAGCAGGUUCUAAAAAGAAAUUUUUAAUUCCAACUUUGCGUAAAUCUUCAUCCGCUGCUAAUCUACAGCAAUCGUAUGAAAAUAAUAGCGCAUCGCAGAAACUUAAGCGAAGUCUUUCAACAAUCGUUCGAAAAACCAAAAAACCGGUAAAUUUACACGAAGAGUUUCCUUUAACGCAUCCUUUGCGUAAAUCUUCGUCCGCUACUAAUAUACAACAAUCAUAUGAAAAUAAUGGUAUAUCACAUAAACUUAACCGAAGACUUACGGAAAAACCGGUAAAUUUACACGAAGGGAGUCCUUCUUUGAUAGAAGAUAACACAUCACAUCUAUAUUUACGUAGAUGUUCAUCCACUUCAAAAAUACAACAAUUUUAUGAAUCGCAUAAAAGUAAUGACGUCCCACAGAAGCUCAAACGAAGUCUUACAACGGUUAUCCGAAAAAAGCCGGUAAAUUUACACGAAGACAUUCCUUCUUCUACAAAUCUUAAAAAGAAAUUUUCAUUUUUACGUAAACAACAAACAUGUGAAAAUGACAGCGCGCCACAAAAUCUCGAACGGAAUCAUUUCGAAAUUCUUCCAAUAAACGAUUCUUCAACAGAUACCGAUAGCAUAUCAAUCUCAUCAAUUUCAUCGAAUGAGAGUCAAAGUUCAACAAGUACAGCUAGUUCGACGGAUACGACAAAAUCGACCAAUAAAUUACUUUACAUAUUAAACAAUUUUAAUGGCGCUUUAAAUGGUGGAAGAAAUGUUAAAGAUAAAAAACGAAAAAAAUAUAAUUUGACUGAAAUCAUGGUUAGCAAUGAAAUAAGGAUUACCUCUUCGGAUAUAAUGGACGAUUAUGGAUGCUUCUCUACAAAAAAUUAUGUACAUACUUCGCAUUCUAUAAAUACGAGCAUUCAUUACAAUCAGUGUAGGUCAGCCGGUACUGACAAUUUAUUCGAUUUACCUCAAAUAAAAUUAAAUGAAGCAGCGUUACACAUCUCUAACGAAGUCGUUCCACCUCCCACGUUGAUUGAAUAUGAUUUACGUGAUCCUGCAUCACUCAAAAACGAGGACGCUACGUCAACACCAAGUGAAGAGGACGAAGCGAAUUUCAAUCAAGUUUUCCAUGACUUUGAACUUUUAAGGAUGAAUAAACCUAAUAAACCAUUGCCUUUGCCUCCAUCGGUCGAAAUUUCUCCAAGCUCAGGAUACGACAUUAUUUCAGAAACUUGGCCAUUCGCUCAAUUUCCAAAAAGGUCAUCAUUUAACAGUAGGUCCAACUUACCUCUUUACGACAGGAAAAGUUCAUCGUCAUGUUCACCAACCACAUCAACUUGUUGCAUUUAUGGAGUAUGUAAGAGAUGUAAACGACCUCAAGGUGGUUAUGGUGAUACGUAUUGGGCAAGAUGGAUCGAUGGGAAAAUAAUUGAUUUGAAUGAAGAUGACAGUUGGGAUCGAACGGGAGAGAAUGAUGUGGCCUUAAAGAUAUUACACAACUCUCAAAGUAUUUCUCAAGAAUAUUUGGAUGCAUUCGGCGUGUAUCAAAAACGUACACCAAAGUUAUACAAUGUAUUGAAAUGUUAUGGAAUAUCAAGGGACCCGUUCACAAAAAAUUUGAUCAUGGUAAUGGAAUACGCAAAAGAUGGAAAUUUAAGAGAUUAUUUAAGUAAUAAUUUCAUGAACGUCACAUGGUCCAAACGUAUUUCUAUGCUUUAUGAUAUCGCCCAAUCAUUAAAAUCAAUCCAUGAAGCCGAAUUAAUUCAUAAAGAUUUACAUUCUGGUAAUGUAUUUAUUCACGAUGGUCACGCUUUUAUCGGGGAUUUGGGGUUUUGUUCAAAAAUUCGAAAGAAAUUUUCAUCAUCGGCAUACGAAUGUGGUAUACAUGAAGGGACCAGUCAAAUCAUUCUGAAAGGCAUCCCGAAUUGUUACCUAGUAUUAAUGACUCAAUGCUGGUCUCACCGCCCUGAAAAAAGACCUAAUGCUAAUCAUAUCGUACAAACCAUUGAAGGUUGGAACGUUUGCCUUGAUAUGGUCGAUAAAGAAGAAGAAUUAUUUCUCGCCGAAUGA